AUGAGGCCUAGAAGAGAUGUCGUGGACUUCAACAUGACAAGCGCGCCUCGCGAGCAUCUGAGACAUUUCACUUUCUCGCCUGUUGCAACUAGCCGGCCGCCUACGAGCUCUGGACCCACACCCCUGCCUUCCUUGCCCCACUCCCCGAGUCUUUCUGCCGCCGCCUCGGGCGCAAAGACGGGAGCUGCAGAAGACAACAUCGCUACAGGGCUUGUUGAAGAGGCUACCGACGGCGAGAAAACAGCUGCUCCACAUUAUGAGCAAGCGCUUGGAGACGAUUGGACGUGGGGAAUGGCCGUCGGCGGCAAGACGCCAGCUACAGCAACGGGCCAGCAAUCCCGUCACCUGAAAGAGACAAGCGCUCGCUCCUCACCGGCGAGAUGGUGGCGUAGAAGUAUUGCGCGGCAAGAUGUCGAGGGCGGACGAACUACGUUUGGUAGCAACAGCAGCAGCACCGUCGACGAGCACCACGUCGAAUCUUUGGGCAGCACACUGAAUCGUCAAGCUAGCGUCUUGAUGUUGCUCUACCCGGCCGCCUACUGUCUCCUCUUCUCCGUCUCCAUCAUUCGCAUCAUCACGGAUCUUGCGGAUCCCGCACCUGGUCACAGACCGAAAGACCCAAAUGGCGCGUUGAGAGCCAUCUCUCGAUGGUUCGUCUUUGCUCAAGGGGCUUUCGACGCAAUCAUUUUUCAAAUUGUUGAGCGCCAAUUCAGAUCGAGGAUGAAACGCCGUCGACAAAAGGCUGCAGGCGAGGCAGUCGAUCCGAGCAUUCUCUCGCGCGUGAGGAACUUUUUCGUUCCUUCUACGGCUAGAUGA